GUGCUGGUACCGCCGGUUCUGUAUUAGCGGCCAGGUUAUCAGAAGACCCACGUGUUCAAGUGUUAUUAUUAGAAGCUGGAGACAAGGACACAGACAGACCAGAAACACCAUUCAUUACUACACCGGGGCUAGCCAAACAACUCAGAAAUAGUUCUGUAGACUGGAAAUAUUUUACACAUCCACAAGAAAAUGCAUUGUAUGGUUAUAAGAAUAAGCAAGCUGCCUUACCUAGCGGUAAAGUAAUAGGAGGUACGUUUGCAAUGAAUGAUAUGAUUUAUCAGAGAGGAAGUCCAGAUAUAUAUAAUGAAUGGGAGGAGAAAGGGGCUAAAGGAUGGGGAUUCAAACAUGUCGCUCCUUACUUCCGCAAAUCUGUAGAUACAAAAGUGAUAGAGUUGUCUAAAUCAGAUUUACACCGAUCUUGUGGACCAAUGACAGUUUCCACGUUACAGCCUACCUCAUUGUUAAACGUGUAUUUCAAUGCAACAAGAAGUCUAGGAUAUGAUACCAUCAAUUGUAACGAAAAGGAAGAUCAGGGAAUAUGUCGGAUUCAAACGAACAUACGAGGAGGUGAACGAUUGACCACUGCUAAAGCUUAUCUGAAGGAAGCACGGGGACGACAGAACUUAAAUAUUGUCACAAAUGCAUUGGUGUCAAGGGUUUUGAUUGCCCGUAGAAAGGCAGUCGGUAUAGAAUUCAUUUUUUCCAACGCUUCAUUCCAAGUUCUAGCAUCAAAUGAAGUUAUUCUAUCUGCUGGCUCAUAUGGUACUCCAAAGAUAUUAUUCUUGUCUGGAAUAGGACCAAGAGAACAACUUUACCACUUGCAAAUUCCUGUGAUAGCUGAUUUACCUGUUGGAGAAAAUUUACAAGAUCAUAUCUCUGUUGACAUCCGAAUAUUUGUUAAUGUUUCUACCAUAAAACCUAAUUUGAAACUUGACAGACUAAUGAUCGAUCAGUAUUUCUAUCAAAGGAAAGGUCUAAUGGCAUCUAUUGGUGGAAGCGAGGCUUUUCUUUUCGCAAAUACAAAUAAAACUAAACAAUUGCCCUACCCAGACAUACAGUUAACGUUUAAAUCUACUUUAGCUGACCAUGACCACAAGUUACUACGAAUCAUGAAUAAAGAUGAGAAGCUGAUCAAAUCCUGGUAUUCCUUUGGUAGAAAGAAAGAUGGCAUAACAUUAACCGUCAAACUCCUUCAUCCGAAAAGUCGAGGUCAUCUUUGGUUGAAUUCGACGGAUCCUAAUGAAAUGCCGUUCAUUGAUCCUAAAUACCUGUCAAAUUUUGAAGAUAUUGAAACACUAAAUGAAGGUAUCAAAAUAGUAAAAUCAAUCAUUGAAACACCAAUAAUGCAGUCCAUAGGAGCUACGAUGGAACCACCUUUUAAGGGAUGUAAACAAUUUAAGUACGAUUCUGAUCUGUACUGGAGAUGUUAUAUACAAACUUUCUCUGACCCUGGACAUCAUCCAGUCUCCACCUGUAAAAUGGGUGCUCUCAACGACGUUCGAUCUGUUGUUGACAAUACACUCAGGGUGAAAGAAGUCUUCAACCUGAGAGUAGUGGAUGCCUCAGUUUUUCCCGAAAUAACAGAUCACCCAAAUGCAGCUACGAUUAUGAUAGCGGAACGAGCAGCUGCUUUGAUAUUGAAAUAAUACUUAC